GCGAAACAACAAAAUGCUGGACAGACUACAGAGGCAGUCAGCGACACUGGAGUAGGAAGCAAGCAGCAGAAGGGCGAGAAGAAUUCAGCACGCCAGCGACGGAGACAAGGCCUAACCUGAGAUCUGCCUCUUCAACCGCUACUUCUUUCCGAUCCGAGGGUCCCUGUGGCAAGUCUUCAUUGCCAAUCGACCAGUGUUCUUUGUUUCCAUUUUGUCUGCAUCAAUCUGCAACGUAAACUGAUUUUAUUGAUUCAAACUUUAUCUGGAGAGAAGCACCAUAACUUGGUACACUAGAAGUCUAGUAGAGCUGUAAUGGCUGUCGCAGAUACUCAAAAUCCUUUAUUAGGUGAAAUGACUUGUGGAUCUUUGCUUCAACACUUGCAGCUAAUAUGGGAUGAGGUUGGUGAGAGUGAUGAGGAACGUGAUAAGAUGCUGCUUCAGCUGGAACAGGAAUGCCUGGAUGUUUAUAAGAGGAAAGUUGAGCAGGCUUCAAAGAUGAGGGCCCUUCUUCUACAAUCCUUGGCUGAUUCUAGAGCUGAGCUUGCCAGUGUUCUAUCUGCGCUUGGAGAAAAUUCUUUUGCUGGCAUAGUUUUCAUUUUUCUGAUGAUACUUAUCGUGGUUCAGCCUGAUAAGUCCUCAGGCACAAUCAAGGAGCAAUUAGAAGCUGUUGCACCACUUUUGGAGGAGCUGGGGAAACAGAAAGAGGAAAGGAUAAGGGAAUUUGCUGAUGUGCAAUUGCAAAUUGAUAAAAUCCGUGAAGAAAUUGCUGGAACUUUGAAGAUUGGAGAGCAAAUUGAGACACCUGUAGUUGACAAGGAAGAUUUGUCAUCAAAGAAGUUAGGAGAGUACCAAUCACAAUAUCAAGAACUUCAGAAAGAAAAGAGUGAUAGGCUGCACAAGGUUCUCGACUUCGUUAGCACAGUGCAUGAUCUUUGUGCAGUUCUGGGGUUGGAUUUUUUCAGUACUGUAACAGAAGUUCAUCCUAGUCUGAAUGACUCUGUUAGUGUACAAUCAAAGAGCAUCAGCAAUGAUACAUUGUCCAAGCUCUCUACAAUGAUUGUGGAACUUAAAGAAGAUAAAAAGCUGAGGCUUCAAAAGCUUCAAGAUCUAGCUGCUCAGCUCACUGAUCUUUGGAAUUUGAUGGACACACAAAUGGAGGAACGCGAGUUGUUUAGUCAUAUCACUUGUAACAUAUCUGCAACAGUAGAUGAGGUUACUGUUCCUGGAGCCCUGGCCCUUGAUUUGAUUGAACAGGCUGAAGUAGAAGUUGAAAGGUUAGAUCAACUAAAGGCGAGCAAGAUGAAGGAAAUUGCUUUCAAGAAACAAACUGAGCUCGAAGACAUUUAUGCUCGGGCACACAUAGACAUUGAUCCUGAAUCUGCCAGAGAGAAAAUAUUGGCUCUAAUUGACUCUGGAAAUGUUGAGCCAUCAGAAUUACUUGCAGAAAUGGAUAGUCAGAUACUGAAAGCCAAAGAGGAAGCCAUGAGUAGGAAAGAAAUAUUGGACAAAGUUGAAAAAUGGAUGUCAGCUUGUGAGGAAGAAAGUUGGCUUGACGAUUACAGUCGGGAUGACAACAGAUAUAACUCAAGUAGAGGUGCACAUUUAAAUCUCAAACGUGCAGAAAAAGCUCGCAUACUAGUUAACAAGAUUCCAGCUCUUGUUGAUACUCUGGUUGCUAAGACUCGAGCUUGGGAGGAGGAUCGUGGCAUCUUAUUCAUGUAUGACAGUGUUCCGCUUCUUGCUAUGCUAGAGGAAUACACCAUGCUAAGACAGGAAAGAGAGGAGGAAAAACGAAGACAGAAGGAUCAGAAGCGCAUCAUCGAGCAACAUGCCACAGAUCAAGAAUCCGUCAUUGGCUCAAGGCUUACUCCAGCUGCACGUCCACUUGGCUCCAAGAAGGUGGUCGGACCUCGAACGAAUGGAGGUGCAUCAAAUGGGACUCCUAGUCGAAGGUUAUCCCUCAAUGCACACCAGAGUAGUGGCAACGGUGCUGGAUCCAUGAGCAGGGACGGAAAGAGAGACAGCAACAGGGCAGCAGCUCCAGCGAACUAUGUUGCCAUAGCCAAAGAGGAUGCAGCCUCACAUGCGUCUGCCACCGACCAACUCCCUGCUACACCAUGAGGAGAUUUCUUGAAUAAAUUUUCACAUAUUGUAUGAGUUAUUGAUCUCGAUGUUCGUUUUGGGUUACUAUUAUUAGCAAGGUUAAGAAGCUGAACAUGAGCGUUUGAUAAAAGUUCCUUUCUUGAUAAAUUAUUCUGGUAGCCUUAUAAACAUAAUAUUUGUCAUUGUAAGAACGCAUGUAAUUUGUUCAUCUUUAUCUAAGCAUAUAUUAGUAUUCUUCA